AUGCCGGUGCUGAUCAUCGGUGGUGGCGACGGGGGAGUGCUGCGAGAGGUGGUGAAACACCCGACCGUGGAGUCUGUGGUGCAGUGCGAAAUCGAUGAGGAUGUGAUCCAGGUAUCUAAGAAAUACCUCCCAGGGAUGGCAGUGGGAUAUUCCAGCGCUAAGCUGACCUUGCACGUGGGAGAUGGUUUUGAGUUCAUGAAACAAAAUCAAGAAGCCUUUGAUGUGAUUAUCACAGACUCGUCUGACCCCAUGGGUCCUGCAGAAAGCUUAUUCAAAGAAUCCUACUACCAGCUGAUGAAGACAGCCCUGCGAGAAGAUGGGAUUCUUUGCUGCCAAGGUGAGUGCCAGUGGCUGCACCUGGAUCUCAUUAAGGAGAUGCGUCAGUUCUGCAAGUCUCUGUUCCCUGUUGUGGAAUAUGCCUAUUGCACCAUCCCCACAUAUCCCAGUGGGCAGAUUGGCUUCAUGCUCUGCAGCAAGAACCCGAACACGAAUUUCCGGGAGCCUGUGCAGCAGCUCUCACAGCAACAAGUAGAGGAGAGGAGUCUGAAAUACUACAACUCCGACAUUCAUCGGGCAGCUUUCAUUCUGCCAGAGUUUGCACGGAAGGCCCUGAGCGAUGUGUGAGCCUGAGAAGCUGCUUCCUUCCUUCAAGCUGGACCCUGAGAUCGUCAGUGAUGUGGUGGGGACCUUCCCAGCAGACUGCAGAUUCACUCUCCACUGUGUGGGAUUGUUUAACCUUUUGCCAGCCAACAUUCCUUGUGAUGAUGUGUUAAAGAUGAUGGGGCAUAAGCCAGAUAAGACUAUUGAAAAGGUCCAGUGACUUAUUGCGUGAGGUCAAAACUGUUCUUUCCAGUGCUGGAAACGUAAGAUGUCUUUUUUCCUUUCUCU